AUGGGUGUUUGUCAAUGGGAUGUCCUUGCCACCAUCACCACCACCCCAUUUCGUCGUCGUCGUCGUGACUUUCGUCUUGUGUCAGUCAGUGCCGUUAAAGUGAUGCCAAUGUGGUGCUACCGAGUGUUCGCUCUAAUCACGGCCUUCAGCGCUUCGAGUACGGAUUUUGGAGCCAAAACACCAAUAAUCGGACGACCACCUCAGCCAGUUGUCGAUCCUCUCCACCUGACGGUUAAUGAGAACGAACCCGCAGCAUAUCGAUGCUGGGUUCCUGGAAUUCCUGACUGCCAGAUCACCUGGCAUAAGGAACGAAUCGGUGGCGCGUUGCCUCAUGGAGUCUAUCAAACGGGUAACGCUCUCAAAAUACCGAGAGCCCAACUGCAGGACGCAGGAAACUACAUCUGCACAGCAGUGAACGAUUUCGGCAUUGGACAGUCUCCACCGGCACGGUUGGAUGUUAUCAGACCCGCCCAACGCCCAAAAGUUGAUCCGAUGGAGCAGACUGUCACUGAAGGAGAGCCGGCCAGAUUCAGAUGUUGGGUUCCUGGCAACCCAGAUGCUGAGCUGAAAUGGCAACGUAUUGGACAUCAACCUUUACCAUCGACAGUGCAGGAACAUCAGGGUAUUCUCCACAUCCCGCGGGCUUCUCAGCAUGAAGCUGGUCAGUACAUUUGCACGGCUACUGAUCCGAAAACCAAGACGCCUCAAGAUUCGGACCCUGCCACACUCAACCUCCCAACAGCGCCACAAGUAGACCCUCAGGAGCAGACCGUCAACGAAGGAGAUCCAGCACAGUUCCGCUGCUGGGUGCCCGGAAAUCCGCAGGCCGUAAUCCGAUGGAGCAAGAAAAGUGGAGAACGUGCGAAUUUCUUUCAUAUGUGGUAUCGUGUUUUCCGCAAGAUCCUUCAAUAUUUAGCUUUCCCCGCGGGAACGCUCGAUCGAGAUGGUUUCCUUCGCAUUACGAGCGCGAAAAUGUCUGACGCGGGUGACUACAUCUGCACAGCUACUGACCCACGAGGAGGACCUCCUGCUGAGGCACCACCAGCACGUCUCAAUGUCAAUCCACCUUCUUUUGCACCACAAGUAGAUCCUCCUGAACAGACCGUUAAUGAAGGGGAUCCAGCUCAGUUCCGCUGCACAGUGCCGGGAAAUCCGCACGCCAUUAUUCAGUGGAGCAAGCAAACUGGAGAGCCGUUUCCCCCUGGCACGAUGAUAAGAGACGGCUAUAUUCGCAUCAACAAUGCUAGAUCGUCAGACGCUGGAGCAUAUAUUUGCACGGCUACUGAUCCCAGAGGAGGACCACCCAAACAGGCUCCACCAGCACGGCUUCAUGUUAGGAAGCGUAUGUUCCACAGAGCUCUAGCUUCAGGCUGCUUCAUCUAA